AGUGUGAUGGGGGAGAGAUGAGGCUCAGUCUGUCCAAAACAAGGAAAUCCUCAUGCGAGUAAUGGCGAUACUUCCAGCAAACUCGCUGUACUUCUGCUAACACCAGCCUGCUUGUUAAUUCUUCUCAUACUUGACCCGUGGAACCAGCGUAGCCAUGUCAUCCCGAGUGUUGCUACGGCAACAGCUGAUGCGGGAGCAGGCGCAGGAGCAGGAAAGGAGGGAGGCGCAGCAGCAGGCGUCUGUCGCUCAGCUCCGCUCAACAGAUUCCACUCCCGCCAUCUCCGUCACGGUGCCACCCAUGGCUGCCCGCCCUCCUCCAGCUCAAGUACCGGUGGAGGUUCUGAAGGUGCAAACUCAUCUUGAGAACCCAACUAAAUACCACAUCCAGCAGGCUCAGAGGCAGCAAGUGAAGCAGUACUUGUCCACCACGCUAGGCAAUAAAGUUGCCACACAAACUCUUGGUGUAUCACCUGUCCCGCAGUCAAACUCUGCUCCAGAGAUGGGCCCUUCUGCAAGCAGUGCUCCGAAUAGCCCAAUGGCACAUCUUAACCUGGGCUCCAACAAAGAAGAGAUGGAUGAUGUAAUUGACGACAUCAUCAGCCUUGAGUCCAGCUUCAAUGAUGACAUCAUGUCACUGAUAGAUUCUGGCCUACAACUCCCGAACACGCUACCAGGUAACCUUCUGGAUGUCUACAGCAGUCCUGGCAUGGCAACCUCCAACAUCAACGUCAGCAAUUCCUGUCCAGCAGAUCUGCCCAACAUCAAAAGGGAAUUUUCUGGUAAUGUUUUACUCAACAGCCUUCUUCACAACCAGUGUUCCAUUGGUUUCAACUGUUUGUUGUGUUAUGAAUCUACAGUAUUUUGUAGUAGUCAUAAUAGCUGUUUAUUGUCAGACACAGAUGCCAGAGCUUUCAUGAAGGAGAGGCAGAAAAAAGAUAAUCACAAUCUCAUUGAAAGGCGGAGAAGAUUCAACAUAAAUGACAGAAUAAAGGAAUUAGGGGGUAUGAUACCCAAAUCCAGUGAUCCGGAGAUGCGUUGGAACAAGGGAACCAUUUUAAAGGCUUCUGUUGAUUAUAUAAGAAAACUUCAGAAAGAGCAACAGAGGGCCAAAGAGAUUGAGAUGAGGCAAAAGAAAAUGGAACAAUCCAAUCAGGCCCUGCUGCUCCGCAUACAGGAAUUAGAGAUGCAAGCUCGUCACCAUGGCCUCAACACAGCUGUGUCUCAAGGCCUGAGCACAGAUGCUUCCUUCCUUCAGCAACAGCUACUACAGGCGAACCAGUCCAUGCAGCCUGGCGUUGGGGAAGGCCAACCUCAGAGCCACCUCAGCAUGGAUGCUGCCAUGGCACAGACUUCCCCCUUCCUCGCUAUACCUCCCUCCGGCUCCCCGGCUGCUGCGGCAGUAAGCGGCCCUCUCGAUCUGGAUACCUUUAGCUUUGCAGAUCUGGACGACCCUACGGCCUCUGAUCUUUACUCUGACGUGGCUCUCAGUGACAUUCUGAUGGAUGACAGCUGCACGAUGCCCACUGUCAGGUCUUCAGAUGUGCUUUUUUCCCCUGGAGCCUCCAAGACCAGCAGCCACGAUAGUAGUGUAAACAUGGAGGAUGACUUGUGACAGAACUGACCACUAUAUGUACGUUUCUGUGCUUUUCCUCAUGUGGGACGACGUGGAAUGUUUUAAAGGGACAGUGAGUUCUUAAAAUUUCUGUCAUCUAGUCUAAGCCUGUAUGACUUUCUUUCUUCUGUAGAACAUAAAGAAGAUAUUUUGCUAAAUGUCUCAGUUAGAGCUGCACGAUUAGUAAUGGAUCAAGUGGUCUUUAUGAGUGAGUCAUUGAAUCAUUCAUUCAAAUUAAUUAAACAUUUUUAUGUAGACUGCAGCAAUUAACAUUUUGUCAGAACUUCUAGAAAUGUACGUUAUUUUGUUUAGUUGUCUGUUUAGAAUCGUGGGGCAAUCAUGAUCUUUAUUUUAAACAAAAAAAAAUUGUGAUUCUCAAUUUAUCCAGAAUCAUGCAAAUCUAGUCUGUUGUGUUGAAGUCAAUGUUCACCAAAGCAGUUUGGUUACAAACUUUCUACAAAAUAUCUUCUUUUGUGUUCUGCAGAAAUUAUGGAUUUUUCAUUGUUUGGUGGACUAUCCCUUUAAAGAACAGUCCCUGUUGUUGUUCUCUUUGAUUCAAGGCAGUUCGUUAAAAAGAUUAACUGUAGUAUUACAGCGUUUCAUUGGCAGUCAGUGAUUGCAACACUCCCAAAUGUUUAUACCAAGUCUGAAACGCACCCAAACCGUUUAGCCUUUUUGUAGCUAAAAUGUAGGACGUUUUAGCCUUUCUAAGCCUUCCUUUAGCUAACUUCAGCUGCCAUAAGGUUAAAUCAUGUGACAUUUAUUAAUGUGAUAGAUGUGUUAUUAGACUCUGCAUUCAGAGCAUGCAAGUGCACAUAUAUGUUUUUGGAGUGUAGUAGUCAAUUUAUAGUCACUUACCAUACCAAAGGGAUGUUUCGGAGUUGUUUAAUUGCAAGAACUCAUUAUUUAUUGUUGAUGAAAAUUUUCAAGCAAUAUUUACUGCGUAUAUCAGAAAAGUCUAUUUUUUAACACUUUGCUUUACUUUCAGCCAAAUACUUGCAUAUGUACUACUAACUGGUUUGAAAUUUCUACUUUUUAUUUGUUUGCUUACAACACUUCCUUUUAAGCUUAGUUAAUUUGACCUUUUUCAAUGUUACAUUGCUAAACAAAUUUGUGACGGUGCUGGUGUUCAUACAUGAUUUUUUUUGGUGACACUUUUUCUAUGAGGUAAAAUUCAUUUGGUAACACUUUACA